AUGGAGGACGGGGAUCCCUCAAAGGGGGCCGAAGCAGCUGUCACUGCCGAAAACCCCUUCCAGCGAGAACAAAACUCCGAGCCGAUUGGAAGCCAUGCCAGGACGUCCUCAAAUCCCACUCCAGACUCUGCUGCUUCCGAGUCCCGGGACAGACCUCGGAAACCACGGUUGUGGACGUCCGACGUACAGAACCCCUUCGUUCCUCUCCAUAACCAUGACAGAGGAAUUUCGUCCUGGAGUGCGAGUUCAGGCAAGCAGCUUGGGAGCCCGGGCUCUGCUACCGAUCGCGUGUUCCCAAUACGGAGCGUUGUGAGUGUGGACUCUUCCCAGACGCCAAAUACAUUGCCAGGACGAAAUUCGAGUGAACAACAAGACUACUUCCCUCCUGCCGCUGGACAUGGCAAUGCCGCUGGUCACCAAUCUCGCCAGCCAUUCUCUGAAACCAAUGGCAAACUCACUCCACAAACACAACCAUCUCCUCGAUAUUCAGGAGAGCGGAUCAGAGGCGAAAGGAAAAAAUCCACCCCAAUUGCUCACAGCGAUUCGGACAGAUAUGGCGGCGGCCUUCGAAUGCAAUUGUUCAGUGACGCUACGUCCGAGAAGUCAAAUGAAAGUCACUCAGUUAGUGCUCAAAGUACCAUGAAUGCAGCCUCUUUGGGAACUCAGACCCCUGCGGAACAAGAGAACAUUUCUGGACUGGUGACAGCGAGGUUCAAGCAUAUUGUCACCGCAGAGGGCCAUGCUGUGAUCACAGGGCGCGACGGGGAAACCUUGCAGAGGUGUGAGGAUGAGCCAAUUCAUAUUCCUGGUGCGGUACAAUCUUUCGGUCUUCUGGUCGCUUUAGAAGAGGAAGAGGAAGGUCGGCUGGUCGUAAGAGUUGUGAGUGAAAACUCGCACCGUAUUAUAGGAUAUACUCCGCAGGAUCUUUUUAAGCUCCACAGCUUUACGGAUAUUCUGAGCGAGGAGCAAUGUGACAACCUCCUAGAUCACGUUGACUUUAUCCGAGAUGAAGAGGCAGAUCCGGCAACGAAUGGGCCAGAAGUCUUCAUGAUCUCAAUCCACGAUGAUCAGACGCAUCCCCUUGUUCCUCCUAACGAGAUGACCCCCGAACCACCAGAAGACACAUUACACAACAACCCUACUGCGGAAGAGAUUGCCGAAAGCACGCACGUUACAAGCAAGCCGCUCCGAGUUCUGAGGAGUGCGCGGAAAAGGAAAGGCGAGGCAGCUGCUAUGGAAGUAUUUAACAUCAUGUCCCAAGUUCAAGAGCAGCUUGCGUCUGCGCCAAACUUGGAAAAGUUCCUAAAGGUUCUGGUUGGCGUGGUGAAGGAGCUCACUGGAUUUCAUCGGGUUAUGAUUUACCAAUUCGAUGGCGCAUUCAACGGCCGUGUCGUGACUGAGCUCGUGGAUCCUCGAGCUACCAAGGAUUUGUAUAAAGGCUUAAAUUUUCCAGCCUCAGAUAUUCCAAAGCAGGCCCGAGAUCUUUACAAAAUCAAUAAGGUGCGCCUCCUCUACGACAGAGACCUGGAAACGGCUCGUCUAGUCUGUCGUACUGUGGAGGACCUUGAAACACCUCUUGAUCUCUCUUUCAGCUACUUGAGAGCAAUGUCACCAAUACACAUCAAGUACCUGGCAAACAUGGCCGUACGAUCAAGUAUGAGUAUUUCGAUUAACGCUUUCAAUGAACUGUGGGGUUUGAUAGCAUGCCAUUCCUAUGGCCCAAAGGGCAUGCGAGUCUCGUUCCCCAUCAGGAAGAUGUGCCGACUUGUAGGUGAUACCGCCUCGAGAAAUAUAGAGCGACUCAGCUACGCGUCACGACUGCAAGCCAGAAAGCUCAUCAAUACCGUCCCCACCGAAGCCAACCCCUCUGGAUACAUCAUUGCUUCAUCCGACGAUCUUCUCAAACUUUUUGAUGCUGACUUUGGACUUCUGUCGAUAAAAGGAGAGACAAAAAUCUUGGGCAAAGUUGAUCAGUCUCAGGAGGCAUUAGCCAUGUUGGAGUACCUUCGACUUCGCAGAAUAACUUCUGUGAUCACAUCGCAGGAUAUCAGAGAGGAUUUUCCAGACCUACGGUACCCUCCCGGCUUUGAUGUUAUUGCUGGCUUGCUGUUAGUGCCAUUGAGUGUUGGAGGGAGUGAUUUUAUAGUGUUCUUCCGCAGAGGGCAAGUGAAGGAAGUGAAAUGGGCUGGCAAUCCCUACGAGAAAUUCGUCAAAGAAGGCACGGAAGGCUAUCUCGAACCCAGAAAAAGUUUCAAGACGUGGAGCGAAACCGUGGUUGGAAAAUGCCGUGAAUGGACUGAAGAGCAAGUAGAGACCGCUGCAGUCUUGUGCUUGGUUUAUGGCAAAUUCAUUGAGGUCUGGAGGCAGAAAGAAGCCGCUUUGCAAAGCAGCCAGCUCACCAGGCUUCUCUUAGCCAACUCAGCGCACGAGGUUCGAACACCACUGAAUGCCAUCAUUAAUUACCUCGAGAUUGCGCUCGAAGGAGCACUCGACCAGGAAACGAGGGACAAUCUCGCAAAAUCCCACUCAGCUUCUAAGUCAUUAAUAUACGUUAUCAACGACCUCCUAGAUUUAACGAAGGCCGAAGAAGGCCAAGACUUAAUCCAAGAUGCAAUAUUCGAUCUGCCUGCAACUCUGCACGAAGCCACCGAUUCCUUCAAGGGUGAGGCGAAACGAAAAGGCCUCGAAUACGAAGUCAUCGAGCAUCCCGGCGUUCCUAAACUCGUCCACGGUGACCAACGGCGAGUGCGGCAAGCGGUUGCGAAUAUUACAGCCAACGCAAUACAACAUACCAGAUCUGGUUGGGUCCAUGUCGAAAUAUGGCUUCAAGAAAUGCUAGAAGACCGAGUGACUGUCGAGAUCGUCGUGCAGGACACCGGUGCGGGGAUGUCAAAUGAGAAGUUGGAUGCCUUGUUCAGAGAUCUAGAACAAGUGACAACUGAUGGUGAUGAAUCCCCUGAUGGCUCUGAAGAAACCAGCCGUCAAAUCACAAAGGACAACCGCACCUUGGGGCUCGGCCUUGCCAUGGUGGCCAGAAUUGUCCGCAACAUGGAUGGUCAGCUGAGACUGAAGUCAGAGGAAGGCAAAGGGUCUCGUUUCGUUAUUCAGCUACCAUUUAUCCUACCUGAAGACGAAACAGCUAGCAGGACAUCUUCAGUGAAAUUCAAAUUUGAGGCGCCAGCCAUGGCAACCCCUCCACCCCCUGCUGCAACUGAGGGAGAGGUAACUCUUAUUGACAAGACCAAUUCUCUAAGAUCUGAUGGCGUUGUUCGAAAACGAAGUAUCUCGGAAAUUGCGAGUCUCCAUAGUUACAAGAGCGGUUCGAGCAACAAAUCUAACAAGAGUACGAAGAGUGAGGUUGAUAGACUCAUCGAUGCUAUCUCAACGCCAGUAUCUGUUGGCGAGCCAGAAACAGAGAAAAGAAUCAUGCAACGAUCUACUAGUAGGGGGAGCGGACACAGUCGCAAGAGUGCUGGUAGCAUUGGGACACCGUUGACUCGCGCAUCUCUGUCCAACACCAGACCAGGAAAUUCGAGUCGUUCGAAAUCUAAUGGAGCGCCAGAGCAUCUCCGUGCGCCCAUGGAUGGUCCAGCAGGGUCUGAAUUCGUCACCGACAAUAGGACUUUGUUGAAAGCGAUCAGAAUGCCCGAAGAUUUUGUGGCUAGCCCAACGGAUGGAUCGGCGCCACAAACAGCUUCCAGGGUAUUGUUCGAUAUUUCUAACAACGACGGUACGGCGAAACCAGAAACUACCAAGCAAUUAGACGCGAACCAUCUUCAGAUCUUGGUAGCAGAAGAUGACCCCGUCAAUAGCAGAAUCAUUCAAAAACGUUUGGAAAAGAGCGGCCAUGAAGUGCACCACACCGUCAAUGGAGAAGAUUGCGCAAGUACUUACGGAGAUAAGCGGGCAUUCUUUGAUGUGGUACUUAUGGACAUGCAAAUGCCUAUCGUUGAUGGACUUACUUCUACCAAGAUGAUAAGAUCGUUUGAGAAGUUACACUCGGGAAGUCAUCUCUCAACGCGCGCUUCUGGCAACGGUCGAGUACCGAUUUUCGCUGUGUCUGCUUCUUUAGUUGAGCGAGAGCGACAGACAUAUAUUAAUGCCGGCUUCGACGGUUGGAUUCUAAAGCCCAUCGAUUUCAAGCGUUUGAAUGUCCUCUUGCUUGGUAUAGUCGAGGAUGACACCAGACACUCUUGCCUAUACAGGCCGGGUGAAUGGGAGAGAGGAGGCUGGUUCAAUCGACGUCAGCCUUCGGUGAUAGAGACGUCGACAGUUCCAUCAGAGAAAUCGCCGGUGCAGAGCCUACAUCCCAAGGACGUCGCUCAGUCUGACCCUGAAUCGCAACAUAGCAGCGAGUCCGGCUCAACAACACCGAAAAUGGACAACCAACGGAAGCCUCUUAUCCACGAUGAACGGCGCACAGGAUUUCACGAAAUAUGGCAUCCUGGCUGGAGAAGAUUUUUUUUGUUGCAUGCACAUAUGCAGAAGCCUGACAGGGUCGGGACAUCUUUCGGUCUUGCAGUAACACUUGAGCGGGAGUUUUGA